UGAGUACGAAUAUCGGCAUGAUAUCAGGGUUUUCGAAAUAUUCUGGUUUUAGCAACAAGAUGACAAAUGGUCCAUCUUCACCCAUUCAUUAGUGUCAGUACUCACUAGUCGCAGAACAAUGUUCUGUAUCUAAAGCAUCUUAACGCAACUGCGAACGACUCCCCCAUUAAAGCCUGAAAUGCACUGCCGUUCUACGCAAAAUUGUCCCAUAUAACAUGGGACGAUUAUGCGUAUGACGACAGUGCAUGAAUGUUAAAAUGGCCAAAUCUACUAACUGUGAAAAUGCUCAUAAAACUUUGAGAAGCAAACUCAGUACCAGCAGGAAUGUUAUGUCAGGAAAAAUUAUUACCAUACAAACGUAAAAAAAUGCCUACUAACAGCCAUCAGCAAAAUUAACUCACAAGAAAGUUAAUGCGUUUGAAUGAGAGGACUGAUUUUGAGAGUAUCUGUUUAGGUAAGUUUCUUCCAGGUAAGUAAUAUCCUUGCCAACGUAUACGACCAUUUGAAACAAAAACAAACAUUGUGCCCUAAAUGCUAAGAAGUAGGAAAAACACACUUUUAUUGCCUUUCACUACGAUGAACUGAGCAUUAAUUACGUUUUGGGAACAAUAUCUCUUAACUGGCGCUACCUUUCUGAGAUUAGGAGGCUGGACACUAGGAUAUAAAUUGUUUACCUAAAUCUUUUCCAUACAUGCGGCUUCACAGGGUAGAAUUUCUCAGGUACCUUCAACGGUCAUCCUCAAAACUUUUCUCAUAAAUAGAACCCGACCGACGUAUUUCCCCAGUAUUUUAUCAAUGACUGUGCGGGGAAAACCACACAAUUAAUCGAUUCAUUCGGAAAACCUGUCAUAGGCGGAGUAAAACAGUGCAAAAUGGCCCAAAAGCCGUACAUCGUAAUCACCGAACAACCACAGUCGAAAGCACUGCGGUUUCGCUACGAAUGCGAAGGACGAUCGGCUGGUUCGAUACCGGGCGUUAGCAGUACGGCAGAGCAGAAGACAUUUCCCACAAUCGAAAUUCGCGGCUAUACUGGCCGGGUGGUGGUGGUUGUUUCGUGCGUCACUAAGGAUCCACCCUAUCGACCGCACCCGCACAAUCUGGUCGGCAAGGAAGGCUGCAAGAAGGGUGUCUGCACGGUGGAAAUCAACAACAGCAGCAUGAGUUAUACGUUCAGCAAUCUGGGGAUUCAGUGCGUGAAGAAAAAGGACAUUAAGGAUGCGCUUCAAUUACGUGAGGAGAUUCGAGUAGAUCCGUUCAAAACGGGCUACGGCCAUGGCAAACAACCGGCGUCGAUCGACCUUAACGCCGUUAGGCUCUGCUUCCAGGCGUUCCUAGAAGGACAACAGCGAGGUCAUUUCACGAAUCCACUAGUGCCUGUAGUUUCCGAUAUAAUCUACGACAAGAAAGCUAUGUCCGAGUUGGUGAUUUGCAAACUAAGCCACGUCGCAGCGACGAUGGCCGGGGGUAAAGAAGUGAUUUUAUUGUGUGAAAAGGUGGUGAAAGAGGACAUAGCGGUACGUUUCUAUGAGGAACAGCAAGGAAAAAUUGUGUGGGAAGAUCAUGGUGAAUUUCCACAUUCAAACGUACAUAAACAAGUGGCUAUAAGUUUUCGUACACCGAGAUAUCGAUCGUUGGAUGUUGAACAUUCAGUGAUGGUGCAUAUACAGCUGAAAAGACCAUCGGAUGGAGCAACCAGUGAACCGGUACCAUUUGAGUUGAUCCCAGUGGACGGAGACAAUUACUGCAAGAAACGUAAACGGUCCCAGUUUAACAGUUCUGAGAUUACCGAUGCACGUCGAGAAUACGCUGCUGCUCAAAUUAAACCACCAGGACCAUCGGUGAAAAUUGAGCCGAAAGAUUCCCAUUUACAACAGAGCUUCGUCACACAAAGCACCUAUCGUAAUCCAGCGGACUCCCCCGAAAAUGUCAUGACGCCGAUGACACCCGCCUCGCCAUUUGAAGGUGCCGUCGGUUAUCAAACCGGCAAUGAAUACUAUGCAGUUAAUCAACGAUAUCAAAGCAAUUAUAAUAACUUUUCCGCUGCUGGGCCCUCAAACGGAUUGCCACUUUACCAACAGCACCAAUACCAGCAAAUGGGAGUACACUACGGCGCCAUGAACAACCUGGGCGGAGCACUCGCUAAUGUACCUGCGACAGGUCAGCAAGGAUUCAAUCUGCACCAGCCACAUCCACAGCAGCAGCAGCAGAUGACCGACAAUCUCGACUGCCUGCUGGAUAUGGAACUAGCAAAAGGAUUCCCGAUAAACUCGUCGGAGAUCAAAACCAUGAUGGGACAGUUUGGUGAGCCGUAUCGGGUGCAGCAAGAGGAGGAAAACCUCUCCAAUAGUUUCACCAGACUGACGACCAGUACCAUCAAUAACGCUAACAAGUGAUUUCGGGAGACUGUAGAUUUGAAAGUUUAAUAUGAACGUGUCCUGACGCAGCGGGAUGAAGUCAUUUGAUAUGUGAUACACCGUUAUGAUACUUGUUUGGAGCAAGAAAUGCUGUACUUUACGUUUAUUUAUUGAAUAAAGUUAUUUAACUAAAACACAAGGGAUUUUUAUCUUGAAUACUACGAUGACAUGUCUAUUGUUUUAUUCCAAUUUUAUUUCUA